AUGUUGCUAUCCCAUGGCGAAAGCCGCCAGUCAUUCAAACAAAAAAAGGCGGAAGAAAAGCGGAGACGAAGUUCAUCGGGUCAUCAACCACAGGCUAAACAGAGUCUUGCCGUUCUGGCUCAGUUGAUGUUGCCAGCGUUGAUAGAAGAGCAUACUGCACAGCAAGAAGAAGUGCUCGUACCAACACACUACCGGGCAGACGGAUCGAUAGCUUCAGUGGCCACAAAUCGGCGGCAUGUUCUGCAACGGGUGAACUUGCUGCAACGAGCAAACGGCCAGAUGAGGAAAGGAGCCGCAGGCGUGUGGGAUAUUGCCGGACGAGCCCAUCUUGCUGGAAAACGGAAAGUGGAACAAUUGCAGCAAAAGCCUCCACUAUGGCUGGUUAUAUUGAAUAGAGCAUAUCAUAAAUAUGGAUUGAAGCACGCAGUCCUAAUAAUUGUUUUUCUCAUUUAUUGCAUUGCCGGUGGUCUAGUCUUCUGGCUUAUUGAGGAGCCUUAUCAAUCGGAACUCAGAGACAAAUGGUAUCAAAAAAUCGAUUACAAUAGAACAGAACGAGUGGAUAUUAUGAUGAAGAAAGUGUUCAAUAAUUCGGAUUUCUUAAUUUAUAUCAAGGGAAACACAUCGACACGGUUGGCACAGUUUUUUAAGGAAGAAUUUGCCUCUUAUGAGAAUCAACUCGGUGUUAAAUGGAGUCAACAAAAAAUGGACUGGGAUUUCUGGAAUGCUGUGCUAUUUGCGGGUACUAUAUGCACUACUAUAGGAUAUGGGCACAUUUAUCCGAUGACUGAUGCAGGGAGGCUACUCACCAUGUGUUUUGCACUAUUUGGUAUUCCUCUCAUGCUGCUAGUGCUUCAAGAUUUUGGAAAACUUCUGACAAUCACCAUGAAGUUUCCAUGGUUUCAAACGAAACGGCUUAUGAGACGAAUAAUGAGAUGUUGUACGAAGCAACCGAUAGAGGAGAUGAAGGAAAUUGAGAAGCAGGAACGUCAUGAUUUGGAUAUUUUUGAUCUUCCAUUACCAGUUGGUAUCGGCUUGAUUGUAGUUUGGAUUUUCAUCUGCUCCUUUGUCUUAUCGGUUUGGGAUCAUAACUGGACACUCCUCGAGUCUUUCUACUUUUUCUUCACCUCUUUAUCUACAGUAGGGCUCGGUGACUUAGUCCCAUCGUCCCCUCGUCUCUUGAUAACAAUGUUUGGUUUUAUUCUUGUUGGACUGUCACUUGUCUCAAUGGUUAUCAAUCUUCUGCAGGCUAAGAUGAAAUCCACAUACGAAGCGGGUCGAAACGAGGAUAAAUCGGUUGUCCAUCAUGCUCACCAUCACGCAUUACCGACUUCACUUGGUGUAAUGCGAUGCUAUUCAGUAGAUGAAGAAAAGAAAGCAGAUGUAUCGGAGAGGAGUUUGUCAAGGUCCACUCAAACAAGUUUGAGUUUACCUGGAGUUAGGCAGGUGGUCCUCCGCUCAGACGGUGUCCAUUGGGUGCACACUGACACCUCCUCACCCACAAAGUCGCCCGACGAAGUCACGAAUCUUGUGGAAAUGGAGACGGCGCUCCGAGUGUGCGAACAAAUUGGGGAUAAUAAUAAUGAAGAAUAUUCGGAAGGCGAAUCUCUUAUUUGUGAAGCAGAAGCGCUUCUGGAGUUGGGAGAGUGUCUUUCGGAUUUGGAACGAUGUGAUAGCAUUUGA